AUGGAAAGCAAACGCAAAAAUUACAUUAAACAGUACGUAUGCCAAGCUCAGCAACAGGAUACCAGUAGAAUACGAGGACAACCAGACAAUACUGAUUUUGUAACAAAGCUACGACGAGCAAAUACAGCGGAUUAUAAAGCUAUACAGUGUAAUACUUACAUGUCUGUCUCAGCAGAAAACACCUCGACUCAUAAACUCCAGCAACUUACCGAUAAUGACGACGCCUCCCACUCCCCAAGCGCUUCGCACACCUCGACUCCUGGUCUCCUGGAAUCUAGUUAUAGCAACGACGCUUCCCACGCGAUGCGUUCCCUUACCUAUGAUGACUCCUCCGCGACGAGAGCUUCGCAUAUCUCGGCUUCUGCACUCCUACAAUCUACUGCAAAUAACCACGCUUCCCACGCAAUGAGCGCUUCGCAUACCCCGAAUCAUGAUCUAAAAUCUACAUGUUAUGAUAACGCCGCCUCCCACCAGAUGAAUGCACAGUACACCCCAGAUCCUGAGCUCCUAGAUUCUACCUCCACAACGAGCAGGCUCCAGCAACUUACCGAUGACGACGAUGCCUCCCACGCCCCUAGCGCUUCGCAUACCUCAACUCCUGGCUUCCUGGAAUCUAUCUCUGGUAACGGCGCUUCCCACGCGAUGCGUUCCCUUACCUAUGAUGACAUCAUCUCCUCCGCGACGAGAGCUUCGCAUAUCUCGGCAUCUGCACUCCUUUAA